AUGGAAACAACCGUGUGCGUGCUGCACUGCCUCCACCCAGAGCAAGCCUGCGCGGUGCAGUCUCCCAGAUACGGCUCUGCGCUGCCUUUUGGUGCUGCAUUCGCGUUAGAGCGGCUCCAUCCCUGCCCGUGGGGGGAUACAGCCGGGAGACACGACAAAACCAGCUCUGGGGUGCGAGACUUUCUGCUCACCACUUUCCUCCUGCUUCUCUCUGCAGGCUCAGCGUAUUAUGAUAACGUCCGUCCCUUGGCCUACCCGGACUCGGACGCUGUGCUCAUCUGCUUUGACAUCAGCCGCCCAGAGACCCUGGACAGUGUGCUCAAGAAGUGGCAAGGGGAAACUCAGGAGUUCUGCCCCAACGCAAAGAUUGUGCUGGUCGGCUGCAAGCUGGACAUGCGGACAGACUUAAACACGCUCCGGGAGCUUUCCAAGCAGCGCCUCAUCCCUGUGACGCACGAGCAGGGCAGUGCGCUGGCACGGCAGAUUGGGGCAGUGGCCUAUGCAGAGUGCUCCUCCAAGGUCUCAGAGAACAGCGUACGGGAUGUGUUUCAUGUGACCACACUUGCCUCAGUCAACAGGGUGCACAAGAACUUGAAGCGCAGCAACUCCAAACGGGGACUGAAGCGGGCAUCACAGAUGCCUGGCAGGACGGACUUACUGAAUGACACAGAGAUCAGGAAAGACCGAGCCAAGAGCUGCUCCAUCAUGUGA